GAGAUAAGCCUCACUUUUCACAAACUCACGAUGGCCUGCAAAGUCCUGUGCGCCUUUUUGGCCGCCUUCUGCGCUGCCCAGGUGAUGGCCCUGCCCGCCCAGGUGGCGGUGCAACCUCAGGUCACCGAGGACAAGGGCCUCAUCGCCGACAUCAACGCGGCCAUCAAGGCUGUAAAUGCCCUCCAGGACUCCAUUGUUGCUCUGAAGGACCAAAUCAACCGGUCGCUCGUUGUCCUCACUGUGGACACGGCUGUUCAGAUCAGGGACAUUAUAAAGCAGCUGCAGGACAUUGGCAUCAGCACCGAGGAACUUCUUGCUGCCGAAGCGGCCAUUAACCAGUCUCUGGCCAAUGUUGAGGCUGUCUUCGUAGGCAUUGUUGUUGAUUUGGACAACAUUCUCGUCCUCACUGGACAGAUUUUGUCCGACCUGGGAAACUUCAACCUUGUCCAAAUGGCAAGACACAUUUUGGAUCUGGAUGAAGCUUUCAAGAAAUUGGAGGCUGAUGCAAGCACCAUCGUCAGCCGCAUCACCGCCGAGUUCAACAACAUCUUCGACACGAUCAUUUACCUCACUAUCGGAGAGCCCAUCGAAAUCGUCCAGAAGAUCACUAGUGACGUUUUGCGGAUCGGUCAGACUUGGUCGAAUGAAGGCACCAAGCUUUGGACCGCCUUCACCGCCGUCAUUGAUGCCGCCGCCGCCGCUCUGGACGCGCUGUGGAACGUUGUGUCCUCCGAGGAACCAACGACCAUCGCUCCCAAACUCAUGGCCCUCGGCAUCCGCAAACAUCAAUAGAAUUUGUACAUAUUUGACAGCAAUAAAACUGUAUUACUGUUAAAAAUCUAA